AUGGGGCGAGGGAAGGUUGAGCUGAAGAGGAUAGAAAACAAGAUAAGCAGGCAAGUGACUUUUUCGAAGAGGAGAUCGGGUCUGCUUAAGAAGGCUAAUGAGAUCUCAGUUAUGUGUGAUGCUGAGGUUGCUUUGAUUGUUUUCUCUAACAAAGGGAAGCUCUUUCACUACUCUUCUGAGCCCAGCAUGGAACAAAUUAUCGAAAAGUAUGAAAGAUAUUCGUACGAAGAGAACAAUCUUACAACGGAAUCUCUGCAGCCCAAGGAUAAUUGGUGUGUCGACAACCGGAAGCUCUCGUCUCGCAUUGAAGUUUUAGAAAGAACCAUAAGGAAUUAUGAGGGAGAAGAUUUGAUUCCUCUUAGCUUGAGAGAGCUUCAGAGUUUGCAACACCAGCUCGACACAGCCUUGAGGCGAAUCCGGACGAGGAAGAAUCAACUUAUGGUGGAGGCAAUUUCUCAGCUCCAGAAAAAGGAGAAAUCACUGCAGGAGCAGAACAAUUUGUUAGCUAAGAAGCUCAAAUUAAGGGAGAAAGAUGAAAUAGCAGGAGAAACUUCCCAUGCAGCAAAUAACAGUAUGUUGAACUUCGGGCCGAGCGGUGGGCCCCAAGAGCAGCCCAACGGCCCGGUGACCGACAUGCCACCGUGGCUUCGGAAUUUUUAG